CAUGAGAAACCUGAGAUAUGAGACAUGAGUCACCUGAGAUAUGAGACACCUGAGACAUGAGACCCCUGAGAUAUGAGACACCUGAGACAUGAGACACCGGAGAUCUGAGACAUGAGACACCUGCAGGGGGCAGCACAUCUGAACCAUCAGCACACUGUUUUGUUUCAGGAAGGCGAAGGUGACGGAGCAACAACAUAGCCAUGACCUUGGAGCUGAAGAUGAUGACAUCAUCAAUGACGCUCAGCUGCCCCUCCCCCAACAGUCCAUGUUCUCCGCCCCCCACAGACACAGUCAGCCACUCAGGAAAGUCUUCAUGGAGAGAAACCGUCGUCUCCAGGCGGAGCAGCUGAUGGACGACUACAUGGACCAGAGACAGUUCUGGACCACAAGAGACAUCUCUGUGAGGGUCCACAGUGGCUUCAGGGUGCUGGGUCUCUUCUGUCAUGGCUUCCUCUCAGGGUUCUCAGUGUGGAACAUCACAGUCAUGUAUGUGUUAGCUGGUGAGGACAUGACCACGCCCACUAACCUGCUGCAGCAGUAUCACACACUGGCUUAUCCUGCUCAGUCACUGCUCUACCUGCUGCUCACCAUCAGCACUGUGUCAGCGUUUGACAGAGUUAAUUUGGCCAAAGCUUCCAUGGUUCUGAGAGGAUUCUUCACCCUGGAUCCUGCUGCUGUUACCUCCUUCUUGUACUUCAUCGCUCUGAUUCUGUCGCUCAGUCAACAAAUGACCAGUGAUCGUAUCAACCUUUAUUCUCCAGCCAAUCACAGCCUGUGGCCUUCAGGUUCAGAGCAGCAGAUCCUGAGGCCGUGGAUCGUGGUGAACCUGGUGGUGGCGCUGUUAGUGGGCGUGGCCUGGGCUGUGAUCUCAACCAGACCUGACGUGGACCACACUGAAGAGUUUCUGAUGUCGAUGGAAGUGGAGGGAAACUCGAGAGGAGACGAGAGUGUGGACGUCACCGCCUGAGACAAACAACAUUCAUCACUUCAUUAUUAGUUUUGUUUAUUAUAGCUGCGUUUUUUUACACUUUUGUAAAAAAAAAAAAAGAAAAAAAAAGGUGAUGCUCAUGUGACUGAGGUCAGGCGUUUGGUGUAAUGACAUCGUUUCACCACAGGAUGGCGCAGGUGUUAGCAUCAUUUUAUUAAGAGCACUCACAACACAUCAUUGUUUCACAUUUAAAAAAGAAAGAUUUAAUAUUUAAUAAACCUUUUUAUUAAAAUAUAUAAACCUGCAGUUUAUGAAUAUUUAAAUGAGAACAACGACAUUAAACUUUAUUAUUUCCUCUGAUUGUAUUCUGUA